CUCCAGUCUUAACAAUGGGGUUGACGUUACUUCGUUACUCUCUUCAUCCUCCCCGCUCAGUACUUCUGCUUAAUUCUCUCUGCGUCUCGUACAAGAGACAACUGUCCCCAUAGUCGCACUACCACUGACUCAAGCAUAUGCUCUGCAGCUCCGGGAUAAACAGUAAGUGGCGAGCCAAGGGCCCAACGGCAGUUGUUAUCCGCGAGACGUCAAUCAACUCGGAAGCCAUCGGUAAACAGGGCAACGCUAAAAUGUAUAUUGCCCUUUUAGGACAUCUUCCAACUAUUGUUUCUGCUGCUGCAUCACAAAGAGGUUCCAACAUUGGACAUUUGCAGAAGAGAUCUGCCUCAUGCUCCAUUUUAGCUGUGGCUGCGUCUAGUGUUUCAUCGAUGAUCGACUUGAGAUAUGCAAACACGCAAAGAAACGCUCGUACGAACUAUUCCAGUCCUUUGACUCGACUUCAAAGUGCUUCGGUCUAUCUCCUAGCGCUUCAGAGACUUGAUGCUCAUCUGAAGCCGGUCAUUCUUAGACGACGAGUACGUGGAUGUGUUGGAGGAAAUGAGUAAAUACAGUUGCAUACACCGUGCAUACAAAAUUGUGAGACCACAAGAUUCCUGGGACCCGGUACGCUCCAUGCAUUCUCCACGGCGGUGUCUAUCGAUACAAGUGGCAAAUGCACGUCCAAGCCCAAAAGACAGGGUCGGUAGUCAGGGGAGCAGCGCAGCCUGCCUCUGCCAAUACUUGGUAAUUGGUGCAGGGCAUAAUAUCACGCGGCGAUGAUGAUCGGAUGGGAGAUCAGGGUCUUCAAAAAGUCUCCUCUUGGAAGCUUACCUUAUAAUUACAAGGUCUGUCGUCUUACAGUAGUGGCAAAGAGGGCGAGGAGGGUGAGGAGGGUAAGGUCGAGGUCCUACUGUAAGGUAAGGUAGUGGGAAUAAGCCUUGGCGAACUUGGAC